GAUGGAUAACCGAUAAAUGAUGAUUACAAUAAUAUUAUAUUAUUAUAUGUUUUUAUAGCAUAAUAGACGUUCAGUAUUUAUGCGUUCCUACCGGCUAUCCUUAAAUCAUUGUUUUUAAUUGUUAUUAAUUACUAUAAGUAAAUUGCAUUCCCAAAAUAUUUAUCAUUCAAUUUAACUACAAUAACGUUAUUAUCAGGUUUCAGAAGUUAAACAGUUCAUAGUAUACAAUUAAAAAUAUAAUACACAAUGGGUUUGAGCAUGAAAACCAAGAUUAUUCUUUUCUCUCUUUAUUCGCUAAUAUUCGUCACAUCUGUUGUGUCGUACUAUGGGUUUAAAGGCAGUCAAAAUUCAAUGUACUACUUGACAAUUCAUUCGGGAAACAUAAAUCUUCAAGUGAAAAACGAAGGUUAUCACAGAGUUCUCCAUACGGCCAUCACUGCCGACUAUGAAACAUCGAAUCGUAAAGACUGUGCAGUUACAUUACGCUAUGAUUUUCCAGCUGAUAUUUAUGUGGACAAAUAUGAAUUAGCUACUAUCGCCUUGAAUCGCAAAGUUGAAUUUUAUGUUGACAACAAAUUCAUUGAUGUGGAAACACCUGCUCAUAAGUCUGAUCCAUUUGUUCUCUAUGUUGUCAAUUACACACUUCCAGAUACAGCAAAUAAAUUGAUAGAAACAGAAUUCCCUUUUCAUUUGAGAUACCAAAAAGCUGCUGAAGAUAGUCGCUACAAAGAGGUUCGAUUCGGUGAUGCUUAUUCAGAUGUUCAAAUGUUAUACUUAUGUAAAGGACCAAGGAAUUCCAAUUGGAAACAAUUUCCUCUUAAUUCUGGAGAAUGGAUUCCUGCCAGUUAUGUAAAAGUUAACAAAGAUGUGGUAAUGUAUGUACCAGUGGGCGAUACCAAUAAUUUGCCAUGGGUGAGUCUCAUUACACAUGGUUCUGUAUUGUUGGGUACAUAUUACAUUCUACGCCGUUUAAUGACCACUCCGUCACCAGAUAAUGCUAUCAUAAAACUUUCACCUGUUAAGUGUUAAACUAAUCAUAAGUAAAUACUGGCUGUAAGCUCAUUAGCAAGAAAAUAUUUAAAAAGACUACCUAUUUAUUGUGUGUUAUUUAUGUUAAAACUUUUGUAUAUGUUUUAAAUCCCUUCAGAUUUAUAAAUUGAUUGCAUGCAUUACAAAUUGUUCAGAUUCCUAAUUGUUUUAGUUAAAUUUUUUAUUUUAUUUACAUGUUCCUUAUAAUUCAGAAAUAAUU